CCCCCCCCCCGACGUGGAAUGAAUUCACGAGCGUGAUCUAACCACAGCGCCACCCAGAUGGAUAUAAACUGUACAUAUACAUUAAGUAUGCUGCAUAACUAUACAUUAGUCCUUUGAGCAGGAGGAAAACUCAUUGAAUCAAGCCGUGUCUUUAAUGAGAAUUAAAGGGUAUAAAACAGAACAUGUGGUUAGGAUGCAAGGACUCUUCUAGAUCGAUUCUGAAGCUCACGAUAUUAUGCAUCCAAUCUACUUUGUUUGAAUCAUUGUUUAUUAAUUAACUUACUGUCUGGUGUAUGCAAUAUGGAAUAGGUUCACGUGACCGUUCAGCCACGGAAAGCCGCUACAUUUACCAGAAUAUUGAAAACUAUGAUGGAAUCGUAACAAUCCAUUUAAUCACGAAGGGUGCAAAUGGUUACAACCCCUUUUAAGUCAUAAUCAAAAUAAUGAUUUAUCCUGGAGAAAUCCUAUGAGCUAUGAAGCUCUUGUUCACGUAUGUUCAGUAGGGGCGGAUCAGAAAUUUACAACAACAAACAAUACAAAAACGAUAGGAGUGAAAAGUAUAAGAAAGACGAGAAAGCCACCAGCUCAGAAAACUGUUCCCCGUGCAGCCUCUGCCCAACCUAAAAAAACAACGCAAGAUGACCUCCUUGCAAUGGAGGAAAAUUACAAACGGCUCAAUAAUGAGCUCGAGGCCAAGACAGCGGUGCUGGUGCAGCAGGCUGAGGCAGUGAUGAGAGAGCAACAAGAGCUUCUCUCCAAGCCUGUCCCCACAUAUUUGAGCUUUUCUGCAUACAGUGACAUAGGAGACAAUGAAAAUGACCAAACAGCGUUGAGUGGCAGAGUAUUUUCUUCAGAAUCAGUUUCUUUGCAGGAACAGCUGCCCCAAGCACCAAAGCCGGCAAUCAAAUCAAAGGCAGAAUCAAAAAUGACUAAACUUCAGAGACCAGUUUCAGCAACCAAAGGCAGGAAGCCAAUCAAAGCCAGAGCAAGGACACUCGAAUCCAAGAAUGCCGCAGAUGAUGUCGCUGUGCCUGAAGAUUUUACCAACUUCUCUUUGGCCAAAACCAUCAACAAAAUUGAGGGCACGCUCGGAGAUGAUUUGCUACCUGCUGAAGCCGAUGAUGACAUCAUGCCCAGUGCAGCCAAUGAGAUGGGAGCAGAGGCACAAAUCCGCUUCUUGAAGGCCAAGCUGCGAGUGAUGCAGGAGGAGCUGGACAGACUCUCCCACCUUUGUGGAAAGAAGGACGACGAGCUGAGUGCAACGUCAGCACGGCUAAAAGAGGCGGAGGAGGAGCGAGCGAGACUGCAGCGCUCUUCCCAGAUUCACCAGGCGCACGCCGACAAGUACCGCGCCCUCUCCGACGAGCAGGCUCACCGCGCCGAUGCCCUGGACGCACAGCUUUCCUCCAUCAACAAGGAGUUGGAAGCGCUGAAGCGGACUCAGAAGCAGGCGUCCUCAGCUCAGGGAGCAGCUGAGGUGCGACUAAACCGAGCACUGGAGGAGGCAGAGCGACAUAAAGCAGAGCUCACCCGGCUGCAGCAAGCCAGCAAGGACUCUGGUGAGCAGGCACGGACUCGCAUCGAACAACUAAGUGCUGAAAGCAAGCGUCUGGAGAAACAGAAAAUUGAGCUGAUUGCGGGAUAUAAAAAACAGAUGAAGCUCAUUGACAUUCUAAAACGCCAAAAGAUGCACAUUGAAGCUGCCAAGUUACUUUCCUUUACAGAAGAGGAGUUCAUGAAAGCUCUUGAUUGGCGCAGCUGAGUGCGGAGUACAUGCCCCCAACGCGGAAAGUUAUGGCUUCAAAUUCUGGCUGCUUUGAGCUGUAUGAUUCUACUCCUGUAUUUUUACAUUGAGAAACAUUUUAGCUUUGCUGCUUUAAAAGUCGCCUAAGGACAGACAAUCGAUAUACUUGCCAGAAGUAGCAUCAGAUUGUUAACAUUGUACAUCAUGGUUGUGUAUGUACUUCGUGGUCAUUUUUUUAUAUCUAUUAUCACAAGAAACUUUUUAAAUGUAAAAUUGAAGUGAUUUUAAAUAUUGACAAAAUAACGAAGUUGCUUUUAUUUAUGGAAAGUUGGAUUAAUAAAAAUGCAAAACUAA